AUGACUAAGUCCCAUGCCAUUAAAGCUCUAUUACAACAACCGAUCCUCUCCGGCAGAAUAUCCCAGUGGUUGCUGCGAUUAUCACAAUACGACUUGAGAAUGGGGACACCUAGGGCUGUGAAAAGUCAGGCUAUAACAGAUCUAUUGGCACAGUUUCCAGGAGAGGAAGAAUUUCCGCUGGAUGAUGAAGUUCCAGGAGAAGUAGCCAUGGCAGAAGAGGUUAGAGAACAGUGGGUAAUGAAAUUCGAUGGGUCUUCUACUACCCAUUCCGGAGGGAUGGGAGUAGUUUUGUAUCAUGAAGAAGACAAGGCAGUGGCGCUGUCAUUUAAGCUAGAAUUCCCCUGUUCAAACAACACAGUAGAGUACGAAGCCUACCUAACCGGGCUUGCCAUGGCUCUCGAAAUGGGAGUCAAACAUUUGAGGGUAUUGGGAGAUUCGAACUUGGUUUUCUGCCAAGCCAAAGGAAGCCUUUCCUUAAAGGAGCCUAGCCUAGCCCCAUACAGAGCGAUGGCCCAGAGGAUGGAAGAAAAAUUUUCAACUUUCGAAAUAGAGCAUGCUCCGAGAAACGAAAAUUGA